AUGGCUACACAAGCAUUGGUCUCAUCGUCGUCCCUCUGUUCAUCCGCAGAGGUGGCCACCAGACAAGUUCUCAGUGGCAGGCCAUUACAUUCUUCUUCAAGAAGAGUUUCAUUUGUUGUCAAAGCUGCUUCUACUCCACCUGUCAAGCAAGGUGCAGACAGGCCUCUGUGGUUUGCAUCCAAGCAGAGUUUAUCCUAUUUGGAUGGAAGCCUUCCGGGUGACUACGGAUUCGACCCGUUGGGCCUGUCGGACCCGGAAGGAACGGGUGGGUUCAUCGAGCCCAAAUGGCUGGCCUACGGCGAGAUCAUCAAUGGGCGCUUCGCCAUGCUGGGGGCCGCGGGGGCCAUCGCCCCCGAGAUCCUCGGGAAGGCGGGCCUCAUCCCGCCCGAGACAGCCCUCCCGUGGUUCCAGACCGGGGUCAUCCCGCCAGCUGGCACGUACAACUACUGGGCCGACUCCUACACCCUGUUCGUCCUCGAGAUGGCACUCAUGGGCUUCGCCGAGCACCGGAGGUAUCAGGAUUGGGCCAAGCCCGGCUCCAUGGGGAAGCAAUACUUCUUGGGCCUUGAGAAGGGCUUGGGUGGGUCGGGAGACCCGGCCUACCCUGGAGGCCCGUUCUUCAACCCGUUGGGUUUCGGAAAAGACGAGAAAUCAAUGAAGGAGUUGAAGCUGAAGGAGGUCAAGAAUGGGAGGCUGGCCAUGCUGGCAAUCUUGGGCUACUUUAUUCAGGGCUUGGUGACGGGUGUCGGCCCGUUCCAGAACCUUUUGGAUCAUUUGGCCGACCCGGUCAACAACAACAUUUUGACCAGUCUCAAGUUUCACUAA